CCGCCACCCCUGCACAGGGCGUCGGGCAGGGUGUGGCGAGUCAGAAACAUUGCGUGUGGCUCCCGCCCAUGUACGGAGAGCCCACCUGUCGCGACAGGGCGAUGGUAUCGCGACAGCGCGAGGGGUUCGCCUCGGCGGAGUGUGCCGACGAAGCAACCCCGCCCGAAUGAGCCCGGCUCUCUUUCGUCUGUGCCGUGUCGCGAUCGGGUGCGGAGUAGCAGCGCCAUGCUCGCCAACGCGGCCACCAUGCGGAUCCUCAUCAAGGGGGGGAAGGUGGUGAAUGAUGACUGCACGCUGGAGGCUGAUGUCUACAUCGAGAAUGGCAUCAUCCAGCAAGUGGGCCGUGAGCUGAUGAUCCCUGGUGGGGCCAAGGUCAUUGAUGCUACUGGCAAGCUCGUCAUCCCGGGUGGCAUCGACACCAGCACCCACUUCCACCAGACCUUCAUGAAUGCCACCUGCGUGGAUGACUUCUACCAUGGCACCAAGGCAGCCCUGGUCGGGGGCACAACGAUGAUCAUCGGCCACGUCCUGCCCGACAAGGAGACCUCACUGUUGGAUGCCUACGAGAAAUGCCGCAGCCUGGCCGACCCCAAGGUCUGCUGUGACUAUGCCCUGCACAUGGGCAUCACUUGGUGGGCACCCAAGGUGAAGGCAGAAAUGGAAACGCUGGUGAGGGAGAAGGGGGUGAACUCCUUCCAGAUGUUCAUGACCUACAAGGACCUGUACAUGCUGCGGGACAGCGAGCUCUACCAGGUCUUUCGGGCUUGCCGCGACAUCGGGGCCAUCGCCCGCGUCCAUGCUGAGAAUGGCGAGCUGGUGGCCGAGGGAGCAAAGGAGGCACUGGACCUGGGCAUCACGGGACCGGAGGGCAUUGAGAUCAGCCGGCCUGAAGAGCUGGAAGCUGAAGCCACACACCGUGUCAUCACCAUUGCCAACAGGACCCACUGCCCCGUCUACUUGGUGAACGUUUCCAGCAUGUCUGCGGGGGAUGUCAUUGCUGCUGCCAAGAUGCAAGGGAAGGUGGUGUAUGCAGAGACAACCACGGCGCACGCCACGCUCACCGGCCUGCACUACUACCACCAGGACUGGUUCCACGCUGCUGCCUACGUCACUGUGCCACCCUUGCGCCUGGACACCAACACCUCGGCCUACCUCAUGAGCCUGCUCGCCAAUGACACGCUGAACAUUGUGGCCUCUGACCAUCGACCCUUCAGCACGAAGCAGAAGGCCAUGGGAAAGGAGGACUUCACCAAGAUCCCCCACGGCGUCAGUGGGGUGCAGGACCGCAUGAACAUCAUCUGGGAGCGAGGCGUGGUCGGGGGCAAGAUGGAUGAGAACCGUUUUGUGGCCGUGACCAGCUCCAACGCUGCCAAGAUCCACAACCUGUACCCCCGCAAGGGCCGGAUCAUCCCUGGGGCUGAUGCCGAUGUUGUGGUCUGGGACCCUGAAGCUACCAAGACUAUCUCGGCCAGCACCCAGGUGCAGGGUGGCGACAUCAACCUGUACGAGAACAUGCGGUGCCAUGGAGUGCCGCUGGUCACCAUCAGCCGCGGGCGCGUGGUCUAUGAGAACGGCGUCUUCAUGUGCGCCGAGGGCACCGGCAAGUUCUGCCCGCUCCGCUCCUUCCCAGACUCUGUCUACAAGAAGCUGGUGCAGAGGGAGAAGAGUUUAAAGCUGCGGGGUGUGGAUCGCACCCCGUACCUGGGGGACGUGGCCGUGGUUGUGCAUGCCGGGAAAAAAGAGACGGGGACACCCUUGGCCGAUACGCCCACCCGGCCUGCCACACGACACGGGGGCAUGAGGGACCUCCACGAGUCCAGCUUCAGCCUCUCCGGUUCUCAGAUCGAUGACCACGUUCCAAAGCGAGCUUCGGCCCGGAUUCUCGCUCCCCCCGGAGGCCGGUCGAGCGGCAUUUGGUAAAGCCGGGGACCUGUCCCCCAACUGAGGACCAGGCGCCGGCCUCACGCCGUCCCCCAUCCCGGGACCCCGGCUCCGGCGGGGCUCCCCUCGCAUCGGGAGAGGGGGGCCCUGCCCGGCCCCCGUCCUGCCGUGAUAGCCGGUAGCCGUGUGCGGUGGGCCGGGGGCUGUGACCCGGCCGGCCGGAGGGGACAGGGGGCAGUGGGUGGCUCUGCCCCGGCCCUUUUCUGUUUGCACGUUGGGUUUGGAUCAGUGAAUUUUUGACUUGUUUGUGCAUCACGUGGAAAUACUCUGAAGUGGUUUGUGUCACUAGCAUUAGGGGAGAAGCAAGGACCCCCACCCCCCCGGGCUGACCCCCUCGAACCCUGCACCCACCCCCAGUCCCCGCCCCAGCCCUUCCUCUGCCUUGACAGCAUCACGACAUGAAUGCACCUGCACACGGGGCUGGCAUCUCCGUGCUGGCACACGUGUGCAGCUGAUCAUGAGUUGUGCCAGCAGACUCCUCACUGCUGCAUGUCACACCACACAUGGGGCUCAGUGAGACCUUCAUGGCACAGCCAUGCCCUUGGUGCAAGGUGCUGGCAGGCUCCUCACCGUGCCGUGCGUGUACACGCAUGUCACGCUGCGUGUGAUCUCGGCGGGAUGGCUGUUGCACUCACUUGCAUCCCACCAGGCAAGAUGCCACCAGGUUUGCUGUGCCACGGGUGUGCACACAUCUGUCACACCGUGUGUUUUCUCAGUGAGAUGAUGGCAGUGGACGUGCCUCGGGCACACGGCGCCGCGCAUGUCACAUCGUGUAUGGCACUCCCUCUGCGCGAGGUGCCAGCAGGCUCUUCACUGUGCUCCGUGUGUGUCGACACAUGUCUCACACCAUCCACAUGAGCGUGCACACAUGAACUCCUCAGCAGUGAGGGUCUGCUUCAUACCAUGCCAGUGUACCCCUUGCCUCUGCCUCUCGACGCUGGGGACCCCAAUGAUCCUGAGCACCCACAGCGGGCGCCAGUGGAGUGUGGGUCGGUUAGAUGCCAGCGGGAUGUGGGCCGGGGGCUGCAGGUCGUGGUGCUCAUAGCCCCAGCAGGAAGGGGUCCCUAUCACCUCUACUGUGCACUCAUCCCCACCAACCCAGCUGUCCCUGGGGUAGUGUCAGAUGUGAGUUGUCCCUUGUGCACUUUUCCCCUAGAUGGUCCCUGUAGGUGUGUGGUGGGGGGGAGCCAGGUGGACACAGCCUGGGGCUGGGGGGGGGGUCCCGCCCGCCCCCGGGUAGUUCCUAUUGACCGUUUUAGGAUCCUGCAGUACGUUUCUGUUUGCUCAAUAAAGACCGUUCUCACAGUG